AUGUUGGCCUUACUGGCAAUAUUUAUUGUUCCUAGCAUGUCGGGUUAUGUCGUGGCUGCUAUUACUACUUCCGAUGCUUUAGUUGAGGCAACGCACACAACUCUACCAGGGACCAUCGGCGAAUCAGACCAGGAAUCUAUAUCUGAUCGUACGGGUGAUCUAAGAGAAGCCGCGACGAAAGAAUCGACGCAGCGGCUGGAGAUUAUCAAACAUAUCCGCAAGGUGAAUCAGGAUGGCUCAUACACAGUGGGAUACGAGGCAGAAGAUGGCACGUUCAAGAUCGAGAGUCGAGAUGUACUCGGUAAUAUUAAAGGUACAUACGGAUACAUUGAUUUGAAUGGUGACAUUAAACGAGUGUCAUAUGGUGGGCAGCCCUCUCGAACCAUUCCGAUGGCAGCUACACAAUCAACACCUGAAGAAGAAAUUGUACAUAUUCCACCGCGUUUAAACCGGUCUCAAAUACUUGCUCCAACAACCAGAAGACCUCCAAAUUACCAUCCUUCACAACAGCUGCAUUUGAACCAUCUCAACCCACAGCAUCAUUCUAGCACACUUCGCCCAAGUGUAAUCCAGACUAUACCACGAAAACGCCAUGGCUACUCAUCUAGCAGUACAACUCCGGCUACUAGGAUCGUAAUCAACGGGACGACGACAGUUGUGAGUGGAGGGAUUUCGAUGUCUGCAAUGAUGACGUCGACGACAACAACGGAGAGUACCGUUACUGCAACGUCUACGGAAACUAGUUCUGGAAAUCUAGCAGCAUCCUAUGGUGAACCGACGGCAGCUUCCACGCAUACCUCAUCGAUGCACACUAAGCCUGGUACAUUGCUCAUCAUCCGUCCGACUCCUUUACCCUAUCUGGCGGCCAAGACAGCUGAACAGCUUGUUCGGCCGGAACGUCUUGAAGUAGCUAAGUAUGCACAUGCUACGAAAAAAUCCAUACGUGGUAAUUUUCUGCGCCGACAAUUGGGCCCGACCACCAGCGAAUCCGGCGAACAAUAUGAAGCCCAACCGCAGCAAAUUAUAUAUGGGCACUCAGUAACCGACGGGGAUCUAGGCGGAAUUUUUACAGGUAGCCCCAAGCCACUAUACACUACGCAUCCUACACCGCGCAUUCCUGCUGCUGUUCUGGCAGCGCGACAGCGGGCAGCUCACAUCCAAAAUGUGCUGCAAUCGCAGUCGCAAGCCACUCAAUCUGGGCCUCCAGAGCGACUUACAACAGAACGAAUAUAUGUGAAACAACCUGCGCGCCCCCAAGCUCCUACUGGAAAUCGGCAAGAGAAAACACCAAUAGUUUAUGAAACGUCAACUGAGCCGAGUUCGGAACAUAACUACGUUACGGAUGGGCCAACGUCGACUGCAGUUGUUCAGAUUCCGGCAGCUAACCAUGUACUGGCUGUGAACGAGGCCGAGCCUCCUGUAGAGGAACGUCGCCCUGUCUUCCAUCCACGACCGGUAGAAUUUCGGGCACGUGAUGACUCUUCAUCUCCUACACCUGCACGUUUCCGAACUCCAUACGGAAUUUCACCACCAUAUGCACGUCCGUUCACGUCACUGCCUCCCUCGCCUGAGACGACAUACAGCGGUCGGAUUACACCCACUCAUGAUAUUGAUGCCAAUGACACAUAUGAGCCUCACAAUCAUCAGCAUAACAGUGUAUCUCCUUACAGACAGCAACGCCGUCUAUCAGGUGCCUUACAUUUACCAGCUCCUGAGUCAUUGUACCAACAACAGCAACCAUCAACCGCAUCCCAAAUACAACAGCAACAACAACAGCAUUUAUUUCCAAAUUCAAUACCCUAUAAUGUAGGGCAAAACGCACCCCAUUUAGUUACUAACGGUCGACAUUAUUCCAACCCAUAUUACUAUGACAUUCCAGCAGAAAGACCAUUAACAGCACGUGACUUUGAGCGUAUUCUUCAGCUUCUAAUAUUCCGACAUCAGCAGCAACAAGUUUCUCAGCAGAUAUCCCGUUAUCGUCUUGGAGGUGACUAUACCGGCAGCUAUAACAGAGCCUUCAUGUACAAUCCAUACCUCUCUGUGUCACCAUCACCCUUCAAUUUUGGAGAACCUUACAUCGGCGGUGGCUAUCCUCAACAACAAAUUCCUCGACCACCACUUCCAUAUCCUUAUCCUGGUGACACAUUCGACGGUCAAGGUUAUCAAAAUCCCCUUUAUAGUCAGUCAGUUCCAAGUUCCAGCGUUCGCAGUGGAGGUCAUGGUAGUCAGUCCGUAACUGAUGUUCGUUAUGGAAACGUUUUACCCUCGGUUGCUCGGCGUAAUGGCCAAAUCUACCAGUCUCCUUUGGAUGUAACUGCGCCAUCAGCAACAACAGAACCGCAUCGUUCCGCCGAUUAUUUGCCACCAGAAGUACGUGAAAGACUUCUUUACCGCAUGUUGAUGCUUGCAAUCCAAGCACCAGGUUCCGGUGAUGCAUUUCCAUUAACAACUCCAAAUGGAUCUUCCAAUCAACAACUUCCUCUUCAUCAUCUGCAAACAGCAUCCUCUAUACAACAACACCAAACACAGCCAAGCCACCAAAAUCAAAACUUAGUUCAAAACCGUCCAAACGAACAAUCCAUGGCCCCAGCCUCCGCAGCCGCUACUAUUCUGCCAAUAUACAGUAAGAAACCCGUACGCAGCGUACAAAUCCUAGGCGAAGAGUGA